AUGGCAGAAUUACCAAAGUUUCUUGCUCUUAAAUCAGUCAAGAAACAGAAAUACCUGGUGUACAAAGACCAAUCCACCUCAACGCUGCCACAUUUGCUCCAAUGCUCCGGAGAGCAUAGUCACAGCAAAUACGCAAGGUUCAAAGUGGAGAAGGACGUAAACCAACCCAGUCUGGUGCAUAUAAAAUCCACCUACAACGACAAAUACUUGAGAGCGGCAAGCCAAGACAGUUCGUGGAUUGUGGCCGAGGCCGACGAGAAACAGUCAAAUAAAACCCUGUGGUCAUGUACACUCUUUAAGCCUGUGGUUUUGGUACCACCGAUACCGUACAUGGAUGGCGUAUACAAGUUCAUCCACGUGCAAAUGGGAAACCUGAUAGAGCCAAGAUCUGGAACCGACUUCGACGAUGCCCUCUCUGCAGAAAAUGCAAAACCCACCCAAAACCUUGCCUUCAUGGUCGAAAAACUUCCAGGAUGA